UAUGCAUAUCACAUGAUGUAAGUACCUAUAUCACACCAAUCCAACUAUAGGUGUAUCCACUAUCCAUGCAUUGUCAGAAGUGCAGCGCUACUUGUCAGAACGUAUCUCCCACAGCCAGAUAACAGCUAAACAGAUACAUCUUCCCAUUGUAUUUUGCAUUGGAUUCGCUAAGUAACAUGGCAUGGCAUUGCAGUGGAACUACGAAUCAGGAAAUGGUAGCCAAAUUAAAAGAAGCUGGUCUAAUAGCAACAGACACAGCAGAAGCAGCUAUGAUCGCAGUGGAUAGAGCAAGGUAUUGCCACGAAGCAAAUCCAUACCUUGAUCAGCCAAGGAGAAUUGGAUAUAACGUGACAAUUAGUGCUCCCCAUAUGCAUGCAUAUGCAUUGUCCAUUCUAUCUGAUCAGCUAUUCGAUGGAGCAAAAGCACUGGAUGUGGGCUCUGGGUCUGGGUACCUGUCUGCUUGCAUGGCGUUUAUGGUAGGCCCGCGUGGUCGUGUGAUCGGUAUCGAUCACAUUCCUGAACUCAUAGAAAUGUCCACAAAAAAUGUUAGCGAGGACUGUCCCCACUUCAUCAAGGAAGGCCGCGUAAAAUUUAUCGUGGGAGACGGCAGGUUGGGACACGGUGCUGAAGGGCCCUACAACGCGAUUCACGUUGGAGCUGCUGCGGAAACUUUACCACAGCAGUUGAUAGACCAACUGGCUCCUGGGGGACGACUAGUUUGUCCGGUUGUUAGCAUAGAAGGUUUCCAAAGGUUUCAAGAUCUGGUUCAGGUGGAUAAAGAUGCCGACGGCACGGUCACGAAGAAAAAACUGAUGCACGUUUCCUAUGUUCCUCUAACCGAUCCCGCUACUCAAUUACGUAACGAUUAUUAGUUUACAAUUGUACAGAUUUAGGUAUUGUCUAGUUAGUUCUCUACGCUGUAAGAUAAUCGUCGAUGCUAACGAUAAUGAAAGAUAACGUUGAAAUCAAUCGGAAAUUUUCCUUCCUCACAUAAAACAUGAUGUUAUCGAGAUAACAGUUUUCUAUUCAAACGUGUAUCAAUAAAAUAUAUUUUCUUUA